CAGACAAAAGAGAUCAACUGCUCUCUCUAGGAAAUACUUAAUUAGGGUGGUGCCUAGGAAUGCCCAGGGGUCCUGUAAAGAUCGUUUUUUCCCGGAGGAUUUCUGCAGCAUGCGGUCCUGUUGGACGGCAGGCAUUCUGCUCCGAUUUUUCCUGUUGCCUGGCUAGUGACCCCCUACAGGAAGAUAGCGGAUCAGCCAGGAGGGCGGAGCAGCCCACUACACAUGUCUGGCUGCUCUUAUCAACUUAUCAUAUAAGGAAAGGAAAGUGAUUGAUUCGGAUACUGACACUGUAGGAUCUGGGGAGAGGGAAACAAAGAACCGCGAAAGCUGCUCUGUAGAAGCUGGCACAGCCCUCCCAAGCGAGCAGGACCGUUCUUCCCACUGCAAUCUGACAGUUUACUGCAUGCCUGGAGAGAACACAGCACUCAAAAUCAAGUUUGCUACUGGAAAAAAAGGCAAGAGAAGACUUCCAUUGACGGACCCAGCCAUGGCAGCACAGUAGCCCUGCGUUUCCGACGGCAGCAGCCCGGGACUCUGGACUUGUGUGCCUUCAAGUUUGCUGAGCUGCUGGUUUGUUCCUGAAGAAAGAAUGUGGCAGAUUGUUUUCUUUACUCUGAGCUGUGAUCUUGUCUUGGCCGCAGCCUAUAACAACUUUCGGAAGAGCAUGGACAGCAUAGGAAAGAAGCAGUAUCAGGUUCAGCAUGGGUCCUGCAGCUACACUUUCCUCCUGCCUGAGAUGGACAACUGCCGUUCUUCCUCCAGCCCCUACGUGUCCAAUGCUGUGCAGAGGGACGCGCCGCUGGAAUACGAUGACUCGGUGCAGAGGCUGCAACUGCUGGAGAACAUCAUGGAAAACAACACUCAGUGGCUAAUGAAGCUUGAGAAUUACAUCCAAGACAACAUGAAAAAAGAAAUGGUAGAGAUGCAGCAGAACGCGGUGCAGAACCAGACAGCUGUGAUGAUAGAAAUAGGGACGAGCCUGCUGAACCAAACAGCAGAGCAAACGCGGAAGUUAACCGACGUGGAAGCCCAGGUAUUAAAUCAGACCACGCGGCUUGAACUUCAGCUCCUGGAACACUCCCUCUCGACAAACAAAUUGGAAAAACAGAUCUUGGACCAGACCAGUGAAAUAAACAAAUUGCAAGAUAAGAACAGUUUCCUGGAAAAGAAGGUGCUAGCUAUGGAAGACAACCACAUCGUCCAACUGCAGUCAAUAAAAGAAGAGAAAGAUCAGCUCCAGGUGUUAGUAUCCAGGCAAAGUUCCAUCAUCAAAGAACUAGAAAAAAAGUUAGUGACCGCCACGGUGAAUAAUUCCGUUCUGCAAAGGCAGCAACAUCACCUCAUGGAGACGGUCAGUAAUUUAGUGACCAUGAUGUCCACAUCCAACCCAGCUAAGAGCCCCACUGUUGCUAGAGAAGAACAAAUCAGCUUCAGAGACUGUGCUGAAGUAUUCAAAUCAGGACACACCACGAAUGGCAUCUACAUGUUAACAUUCCCUAAUUCUACGGAAGAGACCAAGGCCUUCUGUGACAUGGAAGCUGGCGGAGGCGGGUGGACAAUUAUUCAGCGACGUGAGGAUGGCAGCGUUGAUUUUCAGAGGACUUGGAAAGAAUAUAAAGUGGGAUUUGGUAACCCUUCAGGAGAAUACUGGCUGGGAAAUGAGUUUGUUUCACAACUGACUAAUCAGCAACGCUAUGUGCUUAAAAUACUCUUUAAAGACUGGGAAGGGAACGAGGCUUACUCACUGUAUGAACAUUUCUAUCUCUCCAGUGAAGAACUCAAUUAUAGGAUUCACCUUAAAGGACUCACAGGGACAGCCGGCAAAAUAAGCAGCAUCAGCCAACCAGGAAAUGAUUUUAGCACAAAGGAUGCAGACAACGACAAAUGUAUUUGCAAAUGUUCACAAAUGCUAACAGGAGGCUGGUGGUUUGAUGCAUGUGGUCCUUCCAACUUGAACGGAAUGUACUAUCCACAAAGGCAGAACACAAAUAAGUUCAACGGCAUUAAGUGGUACUACUGGAAAGGUUCAGGCUACUCGCUCAAGGCCACAACCAUGAUGAUCCGACCAGCAGAUUUCUAAACACCUGAGUCCACCUGAAGAAGGAUGUCUUGUGCUAUUUUCAAAGACUUAAGCCCAACGCACUGAAAAUCACGGCUGCGCGCUGUGUCCUCUUCCACAGCAGAGGGCACGCGCUCUGCAAGUCACGGCUGCGCGCUGUGUCCUCUUCCACAGCAGAGGGCACGCGCUCUGCGCUGAUGGGUCCCACGUGCUCCAGAUUAGAGCUUGUAAACUUGCUCACUUAAACUUGCACCACUUAACAGACCAAUGCAAGACCCUAAACAUCUGUAACUGCCAUCGGACAGAACGCCCAUGUAAAGAUGAACCCAAGGCUGAGAAUCAGAUUGACAAUUUACAGACUCAGCUGUCACAACCAAGAAUGUCAUGUGCAAGUUUAUCAGUAAAUAACUGGAAAACAGAACACUUACGUUAUACAGUACAGAUCAUCUUGGAACUGCAUUCUUCUAAGCACUGUUUAUAGACUGUAUAAAAACCCAUAUGUCCUGAAUUCACCACUACUAUUGAAAUUAAAAGAAAGAAAAAAAAUCCCUAAGCCAUAAAAAGAUAUAUUUGGGGUUAUUCUGUGGAGGGGUUACUAGAAGUUUAAUAUUUGGAAAAACAGUGCAUUUUCACCCCACCUCUUAGGUGCUUUAAAUUUUAAUUUCAGAAACAGCAUAUUUACAUUUAGGUUGAUGACUUAGUUUUAAGUUAAUACUGAAAACAUACUUCAUGUUUAUAUGGUGAAAACUUCCAGGAUCUCUGAAAUUAUCAACAGAAACAUGUGCCAUUUUAGUUUAUAUACAGAUUGUAUUAUUUUUCUCUGCCUGAUUGUUAAAUAUGAAGGUGUUUUUAGUAAUUAAAUAUAACUUAUUAGGGGAUAUACCUAUGUUUAACGUUUAUGAUAAUAUUUACAAUUUUAUAAUUUGUUUCUGAAAGAACCGAUUGUGCCUCGUGAUAACGAAACCUUUAAUUUUUAAUGAUGAGGAAAAUUAUACAUUUCAUUCUAUGACAAAGAAACUUUAUCUUCUCAUUAUUCUAAAACAGAUCUGUUUUCUUUUCUAGUAAGAUAUACUUUUUUAGAACUAAGCUACAAUUUAAUUUGUGGUUGAGAAAAGCCUUCUAUUUAAGACAUUUACAAAGCUAUAAUCUCAAGAUUCACCCUUAAAUUUACUUAAGAAAAAAAAAUCCACACUAGUAAGAUUUUUUAAUGUCAAUUAGCAAACUGAAAAAAGUGUUUCAAAGUACAAAAAAUCUGAUGUUCUUAAUAUAUUUAAGUAUUUGCAGAAAAUUUGAGAACACAGAGCCAGGUGCAGCAGCUCGCGCCUGUACUCCAAAGUACUUUGGGAUGCCCAGGCAGGCAAAUCACCUGAGGUUGGGAGUUCAAGACCAGCCUGGCCAACAUGGUGAAACCCUAUCUCUACUAAAUAAUAUAAAAAUUAGCCAAGCAUGGUGGCAGGUGCCUGUACUUGGGAGGCUGAGGCAGGGAGAACUGCUUGAACUGGGGAGGUGGAGGUUGCCAUUAGCUGAAAUCACGCCAUUGCACUCCAGCCUGGGUGACAGAACAAGACUCCGUCUCAAAAAAAAAAAAAAAAAAAAAGCAAGAACAGAAAAAGAAAAUUUGAGAACACAGCUUUAUACUCAGGACUACAGAACUCCUAGAGUUUUAAUUCCUUUUGAAAUUUUCAUAGUAUGAUUAAUACUAAUGAAGAUUUGUUUAAAGCUUUAUAAUUUAAAGGAAAUUUCUCAUAUAUUCCUUUCUGAGUCAUUUGUAAGGAAGUUCAGAGUCCAGUCUGCAACCGGCAUUACUAUAUGUCUGUCUUUACCUUAAAGUUUACCACUAUUUUUUCUUUAUUCAAUUUUAAAAUCUAAUUUAUUUCCCCUCAACUUCUUCUCCCCCGAUGUAGUUUUAGAACACACAGGUGUUGCUACAUGUUUUGAGCCAAUGAUGGACUCUGGCAAAGUCAAGGCUGUGUUAUUUCCACUAAGGUGCACUUUUCCAACAACUGUUCAACUGAGUCGAGAAUCUCCCCUUCUUACAACUGUAUCUACUUUACAUUUAAGAAGGCUUUAUGAAUUCAACAAUGGUAUCAUGGCCUUGUAUCAAUCUGCAAAACAACUGAAAGUAAGAAAAUUUCACAGCCUCAAAGACAACAGCAAGUUUCUGUGAUACCCCAAUGACAACAAUGAUAGAUACUUAGGCAGGGAAACGAUAAUGGAGGAGAAACUGGCAACACCACACUUAAUUUAUAUCAAUUCUCCAUGUAGGCAGGUGAAAUGAAAUUCAAGGUCAAAUCUCAUGAUGUCAUUGAGUGUUACAUACAAUCUCUUAUGACAGAGAGUGGGGGGAAUUUGUGUUUUUACUUUACACUUCAGGUUCUUACACAGUAUUUCAAACAGUCUUGCUUAGAGGAAUUUUUUCUCUCCUUAAAAAAACAUUUAUAAAGCUGAAAGGAAAUCAAACAGUAAUCUUAAAAAUGAAAACAAACCAACCCAACAACCUAGAUAACUACAGUAAUCAGAGAGCGUAAUUCAACUGCUUGCUGUGUUAUAGCCAUACAGCCUACUCCACAACUAAAUAACCAUACUGGUGGCAGACACAAAAUCACCAUUUACCUUUCAGAUAUUAAUCUUCUGAAUAAGCUGUCACAAACCAUUUAACAUUUUCGAACAUGAAAGGCAACUUCUAAACAUUCCUGUAUCCAACCAAACCUUAAAUUAUCCACUUAAUUAUUACUUAAUCUUAAAACAAAUAAAUUAGAACCUGGAGCUUUUCCAUUAAGCAUUUGAAAGUUGAAGUGGAAUUUAGGAAAGUCAUAAAAAUACAAAGACUGUGACCACAGCGCUAACAAGCCGUAAUUUUUAUACCAAUCAGUUCUAUCUCUAUUAACAGUAAAAACAUCAGGCAAGACAUAAGACCACCUUCCCAAGAUUUUAGUCUUUUUCAUUUUUGUUUUUCUCGAUUCUGAGGACUUUCAUCAUUAAAUUUUCUUUGGACUGCAUUCCUGACUACUUUUUGCAGAACGGUCUCAGGUUCUCACAUUUGUUCUCACAAAUAAAUUGAUAAAAGGUGUUAAUUUCUGUGAAUGUCUUUUUAAUUAUGGGCAUAAUUGUACCUGACUCGAUAGACCUUAAUCUACCCUUAUGUUUUUAUUAAUUUCCUGAGAACACCAAAUUGCAUAAAACAAUAUCUGACUUACAGGAGCUGCAGGGAAGUGGUUAGAGAGUUCAAACGGCUCCUCAGAAAUCCAGUGACCCGAUUCUAAAGACCAUAGCACCUGCAAGUGAUACAAUAAGCAGAUUUACUAUAGAUUUAUUAGGCUUAGUGGGCAAUAAACCAACAGUCACUUUGAAGACACAGCAAAAACAAAACAAAAACUUCAACAGUGAUAUAAGCCACAGAUCUGAAAUAGAUGUGUUCUCUACAAAGUGCCUUCAGAAUCUUCAUGUUGCAUAAACAUUAUGAAUGGUAAUAAAAACUUGGUUAAGAAGAAGUCUCAUGAUAACAAGAAAUGUGAGUCAUUAUUCUUGUGAGGCCAAAUAUUUAAACAUUAUCCGCUUUUUAAACAUAUGAAAUAUUAUAUAUAGAUUUAAAAUUCCAAGUUUCUCAUUUAUGAAGUGUUUUAUAAAUAGUCCUCUGUAAAUAUUCCAGAAUUGUAUUAAUUAAAACAAUGAAUUACAAGAAGACGGAUCACAAGCCUAAAUUCAAAAGCAACUCCUUUGGCUUGCGACUUUCUAACAUUGGCUAAUAUUUUCAGAAGUCCUCCGGAACACACUUGAAAUUCCUUCCGAGACUUUGGAAGAGUAAAAUGUCCCAUAAACAAGCUUAAAUCAUCAUCCUCAUCAUCAUCAUCAUCAUCAUCAUCAUCAUCAUCAUCAUACUCAGUAUCUGAAUCUUCCCACUUUUAAAUAAUCAACAAUGUUUUCCUUUUUAAUUCAGUAAUAUUUGAGGUUCUGCGGCCAUCUCUACUCCAGGACCAAACUCCCUGAAAAUCUGUCUUCAUACACCAGAAUUUUAGAGCUAAAAUAAGAAAGCUGGAUUACGUAAUUCAUCUUUAUUGUUUAUUAUUUUUGAGACAGACUCUCACGCUGUUGUCCAGGCUGGAGUGCAGUGUUGCAAUCUCAGUUCAUUGCAUCCUCUGCCACUCACGUUCAAACGAUUCUCCUGCCUCAGGCUCCUAAGUAGCUAAGACUACAGGUGCCCACAACCACAUCUGGCUAAUUUUUUUUUGUAUUUUUAGUAGAGAUAGGGUUCACCAUGUUGGCUAGGCUGGUCUCGAACUUCUGGCCUCAAGUGAUCCACUGACCUCAGCCUCAAUGCAUGUUAUUUAAAGAGAUAUACUAACAAUACGUGAGGUUUCUCACAAACUCAUAUAAUUAGCCCAGGAAAUAAAAUGUAAGAAGUUUCAAAAUCAGGUUCAUUUCACACAAGAAGAAACAUAAAAGAACAGUACAAUGAGAAAAGCAAUGUACCAAUGACAGAAGCCAGGGAACCAGCCUUAAAAAUGUGUGUGACAUUUAAGUUCAAAUAUAAUCCAUGUUCAAAUGUCAACCAAAUUUAAACAACCUUAUGGAGAAAAUUUAUGUCCUCUGAAUUUAUACGUUUCUAAGUGUUAAGAAAAUAAAACCAUAAGAGGCUAAAGUAGA